AUGUUUUCCGCACCUUUGCUCUUUAGAUUCAUUACUACUCCUUGGGUGGUGCUCCGUAUCGUCGUCCAGUUCUACACCACAGGCAUGGCGCUCCAGGCGGAUCCAGAGGAAUUCGGCACGUCUCUUGUGAAGAACAUCCAGAUUGCCGUGAUUUCCCAUGUCGCCAGAGGCUUCAACCAAAAAGACCCCUGGGUCAUGAAAUACCCGAUGAACCCGUUCUACAAGGCGUACGAGCGCCAGGGCGGGCUGGGGAUGCCCCAUUUCGGUGAGCCUGUCAAGGACGAUUCGAGAUUGACAUGGGUGGUCCGCCCUGAAGGAGCCAAAAAGGCCCUCCUUUUCUUCCACGGCGGCGGCUACCUCGUGCCCAUGAUCAAGGCCCAGUUCGUGGGCAUCAUGGCCGUGUGGUACGCGCUCGACCCGGAGAAACGCCAGAACUUGGCCAUUGCCAACUUGGACUACCUGAUCUUGCACCACAACAAACUCUACCCCACCCAGAUCUGGGAGGCCCACAAGGCGUACCGCGAGUUGGUCAACCAGGGCUACGAGGUGCUGCUUAUCGGCGACUCGGCCGGCGCCAACUUGAGUUUGGCAUUGGCGCGUUUCUGGUCGUACCCUGAGGCUGCCAAAGCUCAAUUCUCGAGAUUUACCCAGUUUGAGUGGAAUUUCCUGCCGCUCCCAGCUCCCCGCCAUCUUUUGCUUAUCGGCCCGUGGCUCGAGCCCUACCACGACCCCAAACCGUACCCAGGCGUGGACUACGAGGGUGAUCUUGGCGGCGACAAUGGCAGAACCGGGCUCUUGUACAUUAAUGGCGAGAAGCCAGAGUCUGUCGGGCCCUGGGUGGACUUCUACAGAACCAACUAUAAGGAGCACUGGGCAAAGGUGCCUGCUUUCAACGGCGAGGGCAGCACGCUUAUGCUUUACGGAGAGCGUGAGAUCUUCCGUUUGGCCCAGGAGGAGUUUGGCGAAAAGAAUGGAAAGCACAAUUUCUCGCUGUUCAUGCAGAAGGGUGCUGUUCACGACUCGAUGUUCUAUGUUGAGCCAUUGGACUUGAUGCUGCACAGGGGUCAGUUGGAGAUGGUGGCCGGGCGGCACAGAAGAAAGUUUUCUUUCAAGCACACGGCCGAAUUUCUCGAGACGUAUAUUUGA